AUGGAUUGCAGUUGCAGCGGAUAUAAUUUAGCUAUGGAUGAUAAUUCUCAUUUACGUCGAAUUAUUCUAACAAUUGAAAAUCGUCUGAGCAAUGAUGAUCGGGAACGUUUACAUUUUUUCUUUGGAGAUGAUAUUCCAAGACGAAUUCGAGAUGAUCCAACACUUCGUGGUACACUUAAUCUAAUGCAAUCACUUUUUGAUCGAGAUAUAAUCAGUGGUAAUGAUUUCACUAAACUAAUUACCGCAUUUGAAGCAAUUCAAUGUUUUGAUAUAGUCAAUAUUUUAAAAAAACAUCAACAACAAAUAGAGUUAACUCAUGCACAUCAAUCAAUGCAUAGUUUAACAUCUAUAGUGCCACCUCUGUCAUCUCUGGCAAAGGAAGUUAUUGACGAUCUAGAUUCAGCACACCCAAUCGGGAAAAGACUUUCCAUGUCUGAAUCAGGUAUCUAUAAUAUAGUUCCCCUACCUGAACCAGAAAACUAUAAUAUAGUUCCCAUGCCUGAAUCAGGUAACUAUAAUACAGUUCCCUUGCGUGAGCCAGGUAAACCCUUAGUUAAACCUGGCAUUGAACAUGGUAGCGCCCGUGGAACUUAUUUUGAUCAUUCUUCAAAUACGGAUUUUACAAGUUCACAUUAUCUAAAUGGAAUAAAUGCUUAUAAUGAUGAUGAUGAAUCCUAUGAAUUCCUAUAUUCAUCUUUUGAUAAAACAGAUCUGAUCAUGUUAUCUAAUAAUGAAAGUCAAUCUUUAGAUCACAGAGGACAUUUUUCCGUUGAAAAAAACUACAAAAUACAAAGAGUUGAAGGAUAUUAUUUGAACAAAACCGUUGUUUUUCCAAAUGGUACAAUUUUAACAAUACCAAUAAUAACAGGAAUUCAGUUUUUCACAACAAAUGGUCAUGCUAGUCCAUUAUAUACUGGUGAAGAAGGAAAGAGGUUUAGUGAAGAAUAUGAGGGAUAUACAUUAUGGUAUGUUACUGGAAGAUCGGAUCUAUAUAUUCAUCAAUUACAAUUCUUUUGGCGUCGAACUCCUGUUACUCACUAA